AUGACUCAGUCUCCACGAGUAUGCGAGACCGACAUCAUUGUUCAUGAUGUGAAUGCAGAGCCUCCCGUGGAAUGGAAUCGGUCGGGGCCCGCGGAGGCCGAGCACGGCAUCUCGAUGCGCAAAGGAUAUCUUGGUAUUCGUGAGUCGUCGAAUAUGUUAACAGAAUAUGGACUAGACGUGGUCGCAGCAGCAGCAAUCGCCGCAUUAAGCAGCGAGAUCGCGAUACACCCAAUGGACACGAUGAUAACACGAAUACAAUCAAAAGACUACAGCACUGUCUACAAACAUAGCAACGGCGCCUUAAGACGCUCCUUAUUCACAGGCCUGUACCAAGGAUUCGGCCCAACACUAUUCGCCGGUAUCCCUUCCUCAGCCGCAUUCUUCGCAACAUACGAUGCUUCAAAGACAGCCUUUGAAAGAGCUCAAGUCGCAGGCUACCUCCAAGACGUACCGCGUCCAAUCCUGCACACUGUCAGCAGUGCAGCUGCAGAACUCGUUGCGUGCGCAUUGAUGAAUCCCGCCGAGGUCCUGAAGCAGAAUGCGCAGAUUGCUCGUAAGCCUCGAACGCCGUCUAGUGGGCCGUCCGCUUCGAUGCAGACCUUGAAGCAGUUUUAUAGGCAGCCUUCUGCUCUUUGGGCUGGGUACUGGGUUUUGGUUGCAGGGCAAUUACCCAGUAUCUGCUUGACGUUUUGUCUGUAUGAGUCCAUUAAGGAGUCGUUGAAUGAGACGUAUGAGGGUUCUGCUUCGCUGCAGAUGCAGACUACUGUGCUUAGUGCUGGACUUGCAGGUGGGUGUUCUUCUUGGUUCUUUGUUCCUAUUGAUGUUGUCAAGACACGGAUGAGGCUCGCGGUUGGCAGUGAUGUUCAGGUAUCUCGGCUCUCUAUUGUGAACUCGAAGAUGAGGGGUGCGUCUUCUGGGGCGACCUUUUCGGCUCGACUUGGGGCAGUUGCGGUUGCUCAGGAAGUUUUGCUCAGAGAGGGUAUUGCGGGUUUCUUCCGUGGUUCUCGAUUGACUUGUUUGACGGCGACGGUUGGCAGUGCGAUGUAUAUCGGCUGCUAUGAGGGAACGAAGCUUUUCCUGAAUGGUGCCUAG